AAAACUACAAAAACGAAUAAACAUUAGAUUUUAGAAUUAAAUUGCGAAGCGUAAUGAUACGGUUGAUCUGGCUUUUUUAAAAUUUUGAUAAAGUUUUUGGCUAACGAAACUAAGAAGAUUCACGCUAAUUGCAAGAGUGCUUACCGCAUUAGUGUUAAUUAUUAAGGUUGUGAUAUUUUAUAAAUUCGAAGUUCUUCAUUCGUACGUUGUUAAUAACGUAACUUUUGAUAUUGCUUCUUUUUGAUCGUUAUAAAAUGAUUAUACAUUUUAUUCAUUUAUUUUCGUCCUCAUUAUCAGAUUUCUUUCAGUAUGAUAAGGUUAUAUAAAUAAAAACUAAUACAAAAAAUUGACAAAUAAGCGAAAUAAUGUAAUCAAAUAGAUUCAUGAAAAUAACCUUUGUACUUUUGUUAAAAUUAAAAUGAAUUAUAUCAUAUUAAGUUUUUCUGUAAUAGUGUUGUUAGUAUCAGUAACAGUUUCAUAUAUAGUGAUAUUCCAUCCAGCUAGAGUAAUGGCACAUAAUGGCCUCUUGUUUGUAUCAAAUGCUGCAAAAGCACACAUUGCCUGUAUGAAGGCAGCUAAGUAUGUGCGGAAUGUUAUGUAUGUGAAGAUUAAAAUAAAUGCUGAGAAUUCUUCACAAGUGAUCAGUAGACAAAUUGUAAACAUUUAUACAAAGGCUCAAACCAAUAUAGACAUAAGGUUAAUGGUGAAACCAUAUGAAAAAAGUAAGGAUAUUAUCACACGUCAACCAAUUGAUUUGAUUAUGUAUGACAGUGAAUCAGCUAAAGAAGUCGAAGUUUUGAGAAAGUCAGUGAAGUCUCUGGACAGAGGAUACAGAUUGCAGAAUAUAGACACCAGUGACUCACCAAUAGAGAAUAAUGUCAAUGAAGAAGUAAAGGCGUAUGAGUAUGUUGCUCUGGGAGGGACAUUUGACCGACUGCAUAAUGGACACAAGAUAUUGCUGUCACAAGCUGUGCUGCGCUCCACUAGGCAUGUCACGGUGGGCGUCACUGAUGUUAAUAUGAUUCAGUCCAAGAAGCUUUGGGAAUUGAUUGAACCAGUUGAAAAAAGGAUUGAAACUGUUCUACAAUUUCUAAACGAUAUAAAUCCAGAAUUGGAAUACAAUGUUUUUCCGCUGAAAGAUCUUUAUGGACCUACAAAAGAUGAUCCCAAAUUUCAGUUAAUAGUUGUUAGCGAAGAGACCGUCCGAGGUGCAGUGAAAAUCAAUGAAAAACGUAAUGAGAAAAACUUAAAUAAAUUAGACACGUACGUCAUAGAAUUGGCGCAGGAUUCGCAUCCGGGAAGACAUCACGAGGAAGAAGACAAAGUCAGCUCGAGUAAUCAGAGAAUGAGAUUGUUGGGUACUCUACUCAGACCUCCCAGGCCCAAUCCAAAUAUACCGGAUUGGCCGUACGUGAUCGGUUUGGCGGGCGGCAUCGCCAGCGGCAAGAGUAAUAUUGCGGAAAAACUCAAAUCAAAAGGUGCGGCGAUAAUAAACUGUGAUAUAAUAGCCCACGAGCUCUACAAGCCGGGGUUGCCGCUCAACACGACUAUAGCGCAAAGCUUCGGUGACCACGUCAUCACAUCCGACGGCGAAGUGGACAGGAGGAAGCUGGGUCAGAUUGUUUUUAGUGAUAAGAGUCAGCUACAAAAGUUGAAUGAACUAGUAUGGCCGGCAGUAAUCGAAGAGACGCAGAGGAGAGUCGUGGCUCUCGGCAAACAAGGAUAUAAGGUGGUGGUGAUGGAAGCGGCUGUGAUGGUGCGAGCUAAGUGGUACGAAAGAUGUCAUCAGCUAUGGGCGGUGAUCAUACCGCCGGAUGAGGCCAUAAAAAGGCUGCAAAAACGCAAUGGACUGACCGAAGAAGAAGCGAGACAGCGUAUAGAGGCCCAACCCUCGAAUUCGGAACAAGUGGCUCACGCCAAUAUAGUGUUCAGUCCGUUCUGGAGCUACGAAUAUACGCAAUCGCAAAUCGAUAGAGCAUGGCAACAAUUAAAUGAAUACCUGGACAACAAGAAGUGAUGAAGCGGCCCUAAAAAAUAAAUACAUAGUUAGUGAAUUUGUAGUAUUUAAGGACUAAUUUGAAAUAGUUAUGUUUAAAUAAUAAAAAAUGUUGCAUGUGCAAUUUGGUGCACGUAAAAGAAGUGAAACUUCUUUUGCGGUGUGUAAUAUUGUGGCUUUCUUCAUUUUUCAUCCGU